AGCCCAUUUCGGCUCCAGACCGACCCAACGAAGUGCCGCCAUGGUGGCAUGGCUGGCUCUGGCAUGGCUGUCACCGGUCGCCGCCAUCUCCAUGCAGGAAACGCGACUGCGUGGAUCUGUGGACACCAACAUGACGCUGACGCAAUCCUUGGCAUGUGAACGACCCACUGGCUGGUGUUCAGCUGCCACGUACAGCUUUGAGGAUUGCAACCUGGACGGGAUCAAGGACCAGGUUUGCGUGAAAAAUGAGAAAAAAAGUAUUCGACUCAGUGGUGAGUGCAGUACUUAUGACAUCAGUAAAGCCGAAGUACCUGAUUGCGGCAUGAUUCGCAAACGUCGACAUCAUGCAGAUGACUUCCUUUACAUCACCAAGUCUGACUUCAAGAUAUACAAGCAAGAGCUCUCGAAGAUGACGCUCAAUAGUGGAUGGAUCGAGACUGGAAAAGGGGAUAUCAUUGCUUUGGUGGCUUACCAAGAUGGCCUUUUCGGCAUUGGUACCAACAAGAAGAUCUACCGGCAGAGUUUCGCCAUGCUUUCGACGGCCUCCAAAUGGAAGCUCGCCGCCAAAGGAUCCAUGGUGGCGGGGGAUGCAGUGGAUGAUACCUUCUACGGCGUUGGCACUGAUGGUCGGAUCUAUUCUCAAACCAUCAGCACCAUGUCGCCCAAGUCUGAGUGGACGCAGGUGGUGAGCACGCCCCACGCUCAGCACAUUGCGUCUAUUGCGAUUCACAAGGAUGGUGACAUGAUGUAUGCUGCCACGGGGAAUGACGGAAAACUCUGGAAGAUGAAGUUGAGUGAUGUUGGAGAUGUGCAGUGGACCAACGUUCCCCACAAUGGCCAAUGCUUCUACAUUUCCAUUCGAGGUGACUACAUCUACUGCCGCGGACAGCAGAAACAUGUUUGGCGUCACAAACUGAGUGAGCUCACCAGCUCCAGCAGUUGGGCACGGAUCAGCGCCACUGGGGCAGAGUCUGUGCUGGUGCCCAAGGUGAACAAAUGCCGAGGGGAGCUUUUGAACAGAAAGAAGGACGAUGUUGCAUGCGAUAGCAUCAAGGAUGACAGCUGUGGCAACUUCUAUGAGAAAGUGGGUCACACAGAUGUGUAUUUCCAAUGCACACGAAGCCCUGUCUCACCCAUCUCUGAAGAAAUGAGCUGCCUGGCGCAGCAGCAUUGUUUGCUGGAGCCAUGAGGCAAGCCACAGUCAGCCACAGCAAAAAGUAGAGCAUUGUGGGCUGACCGUUGGGAGUAGCUGGCGUUUCAGCAAGAGUUUGAGUAUAGACUCAUGACAUGUUUCACAUGACCCGCAUCGAGGCCCAUUUUGGCACAAAGCGCGAGUGAUGUUU